AUGAAUCUUAAAAAUUUAUACAAUUAUAAUAAUAUCACGGUUGAAUAUAAAACCCUUGUGAAAGAAACAAAACAAAAUAAAGAAAAAGAAAUUCAGGCUGCUAUAUUAAUACAGAAAUGCUUUAGAGGUUUUGUUGUUAGAAAAAAAUAUUUAAUUUUUAAAUAUUACAUAAAAUAUAUGCAAAAUCAAAUACAAAUGUUAAGCUGUAAAUUUUUAUUAAAAAAAAUGAAGAAAGCAAAAUCAGAGGAGCAAGCUAUUUUGUAUUUGUCUGACAACGCUACGAAAAUACAAAAGAUUUUUCGAGGAUACUACUCAAGGAAAUAUAUACAUGAUUAUUUUAAGAGGAAAAUGCAAAUACAUGAAAUGGAUAAUUAUGUUAAGGAACAAAGAAAUAAUAUGAUGCUUGGACUUGAAGAGAGAAAAAAAAAACAAUUGCAAUAUGAUAACACCAUGAGAGACAAAAAAAUACAUCAAGUUGCAAAAAAUUUGCAUCAUUUGGUUUCUACAAAAACACAAAAAGGAGUUUAUAAUUUAAAAAUUGAAAAUAUUAUAAAAGAACAACAAAAAAACAUAAAAAGGAAAGAUAAAAAUUACCAUAAAAAAUAA